AUGCCGAUGGGGUCCAACGAGGCGGACAAGCCGCUGCGGCGGACCGGUGCAUCGUUUGAGCAGCUCGCUGCCGUCGCCAAGCCGCAGCAGCAGCCCGCGAUGGCGGCGGGGGACUUCUUGCGUGCCUGCUCCAACGUCUCCGUCCUCUUCGGCUGCCUCGGCAUCGCCUUCAAAUUUGCCGAGAUGGACUAUGUCGCCAAGGCAAGCGGCCGCUCCUCAGCCCCCCUCUCCUUCCCCGCUACCUGCUCUGCUGUUUGGUAUGCUACUUUGUUGUGCUUGUACUGUAUGUGGUAA